GGGAGGAAGAGGAGGAGGGGGGAGGAGGAGGAGCUGAAGCGCAGAGAAAGACAGGCAGCAGCUCUGCCAGAGUUGCAGCAGCGGCGGCGGCACUGACACCGCAGCUUCCCCAAGCCCCGAGUCUCAACGGGAACAACAGUAGGGAGCUCCUGCCCGCCGGUCCAGCCACCGCACCUCGGCUCCGCCAAGCCGCCGUCGCCCAGCCGGGGGAACUGCCAGCCAUGGCCGCGCCGCCCGAUUCCCAAGACGAGUUGCUGCCUCUGACCAGCCCCGGGUCCCAGUGGCUCGGGGACCGGGGGGAGGGGGAGGACGAAGCUGUGACGCCGAAAGGGGCCCAGCCGGCGCCGCAAGCAGGGGAGCCUGGCUCUGGGUUGGGCGCCGGAGCCAGGGAAGCGUCGCAGCUGGAACUGGGCUCGGGCCCCGCCCGGCCGCCGCCCGUUGCCAUGGAAACUGCAUCCACAGGUGCGGCAGAUGUCUCCAGGGCCACGGAUCAUACCUUUGCAACAGCGGCAAGAGAUGGGGGAGGAGUGUGUUACACGUCUCUAAUUUCUGACAUUUGUUACCCACCUCGGGAGGAUUCUACAUAUUUCACUGGAAUUCUUCAGAAGGAAAAUGGCCACAUCGCCACUUCAGAGAGCCCUGAGGAGGUGCGUACCACUAGACCAUCCUUCCCAGAUGUGCCUGUGACAGAGCCUCGUGGCUUCUUUAGUUCUGAUUCUGGGAUAGAAAUGACUCCCGCAGAGUCCACCAAAGUGAGCAAGAUCUUAGCAGACCCCAUAGACCAGAUGAAAGCAGAAACCUGUAAAUACAUUGACAUAACUAGGCCAGAGGAGGUGAGCGAUCAGGAGCAAUGUCACCCCAAGGUAGAAGAGAAAGACUUGGACCUUAAGAAUAAGGACACUGAAAUCUCAGACCAAUCCGAAGAGGCCCGGGAAGCAGAGAAACCAACUCCUGUGGAGGGAAAAAUCCUCAAGGACCAUUUAUUUGAAGAAUCAACAUUUGCACCGUAUGUAGACGAUAUCUCUGAAGAACAGCACAGUGCUCCUGUGGUCACUGCCCCUGUCAAAAUCACGCUGACUGAGAUUGAGCCUUCUGUCGACACUGCUACCCCAGAGAAGACCCCCGAGAAACAAGAUAUCUGCCUGAAACCAAGCCCUGACACAGUCCCCACGGUCACCGUCUCAGAGCCUGAGGAUGACAGCCCAGGAUCCGUCACUCCUCCGUCUUCUGGGACAGAACCAUCUGCCGCAGAAUCCCAGGGGAAAUGCAGCAUCUCUGAGGAUGAGCUGAUCACUGCAAUUAAGGAAGCAAAGGGGUUAUCCUAUGAAACAAAGGAGAGCCCACGGUCAGCGGGCCAGGUGGUGGACAGGCCUGAGGCUAAGGCCAGGUCUGGGCUACCCACUAUUCCCAGCCCCCUGGACCACGAGGCCAGCAGCGCGGAAUCCGGGGACUCAGAGAUCGAGCUGGUAUCUGAGGACCCGCUGGCUGCAGAGGAUGCGCUGCCCUCGGGGUACGUGACCUUUGGUCACGUGGGUGGCCCGCCACCGUCUCCAGCCUCGCCAUCCAUCCAGUACAGCAUCCUGAGGGAGGAGCGUGAGGCUGAGCUGGACAGCGAGCUCAUCAUCGAGUCGUGUGAUGCCUCCUCUGCCUCGGAAGAGAGUCCCAAACGGGAGCAGGACUCGCCGCCGAUGAAGCCGGGUGCCCUGGACGCCAUCCGGGAAGAGCCAGGCGCCCGGGCAGAAGAGCACGCCCCCAGUCAGAGGGGCCUGGUGGAGUUUCCCUCGUCUAUUCCUCACACAGGCCCCAAGCUGCCCCCUGGAGACGUAGCCCCUGCGUCCGAGGAGCCGGCCCUGCCGCCGAAACCUGUGGAAACCGCAAGUUCCGACCAAAGCUCCCCGGCCACAGGGGUCCCUGGGCCUCUAGGUCCUGGUGUCGCACCCCCUCUGCUGUUUCUGAAUAAGCAGAAAGCUAUUGACCUGCUGUACUGGAGGGACAUCAAGCAGACAGGGAUAGUGUUUGGGAGCUUCCUGCUGCUGCUCUUCUCCCUGACCCAGUUCAGCGUUGUGAGCGUCGUGGCCUACCUGGCCCUUGCUGCGCUCUCGGCCACCAUCAGUUUCCGCAUCUACAAGUCUGUUUUACAAGCUGUGCAGAAAACCGACGAGGGCCACCCUUUCAAGACCUACUUGGAGCUGGAGAUCACUCUGUCUCAGGAGCAGAUUCAGAAGUACACAGACUGCCUGCAAUUCUAUGUGAACAGCACACUUAAAGAACUGAGGAGGCUCUUCCUCGUCCAGGACCUGGUGGAUUCCCUAAAAUUUGCAGUCCUGAUGUGGCUCCUAACCUAUGUUGGCGCUCUCUUCAAUGGCCUGACCCUGCUGCUCAUGGCUGUAGUUUCAAUGUUUACUCUACCUGUAGUGUAUGUUAAGCACCAGGCACAGAUUGACCAAUAUCUGGGACUGGUGAGGACUCACAUAAAUGCUGUCGUGGCAAAGAUUCAGGCUAAAAUCCCAGGCGCUAAAAGGCAUGCUGAGUAAAUCGAUAUCCCACCGGGGACUGGACAUCAAGAGGAAUGUCUGAAGUGGUAACAGCUCUGUCUUACAUGUUACUGCAAAUUGAUUGUUUCUCCCCCCAGUACCAUAAUCUUAGAGACAAACUUUAAAACAGCUAUUUUUAGGCUGUUCCUGUACUCUUAGGAUAUUUGAGUCACUUGUGUCAAGCACUAAAGUAUAGAGAAAAGUGUAUUAGAUGUGGUUUUUAAUUUUGUGUUGCUGAAAAAAAAAAAGUGCAUGAUGGCGAGAACCCAAGUUAUCUUUCUUUUGUCGGUGUUCUUCUCCUCUCUGCAAUGCUUCUGUAGCUUCUCAUGUUUCCUGUGGCUAGGCCUUUCCUGCCCAGUGCACUGAUGCAGUAGUGGAAAUCGCUUAUCUGUCCUUGGGUUGCUGGUUGGAUUAAUCUUUAAUAACAAUAUAUAGACUUGUAGACUAAUGUUUAAGUUUUUCCAACACACACAACAUGAAAAUAAAAACAAGUCGACCGUACUUAGGAUAAUCAGUUUUGUAUAACUUAAAAUAAUUAAAUAAAUGAAUAAACCCAAAACAAACAUGCAGUACUUUUGUUGUGUGAGACGGAUGGACUGAUUUACAUGUAUGGUAACUAAAAAGUACCAGCAUGUUAACUUUAUUACAAUUUGUAUUACUUUCUCUGUAGUUCCUAAUGGACUUAAUUAUGGACUCUGGAUAUUUGCACUUAUGUACUUGAUACUGAAUGCAUAAAUAAAUGUUACUAAAUGUA